CAUGAGCCAUCAGCUCCUGUGGGGCAGGCUAUAGAACAGACGACAAAAGUAACUCACCGGAGGACCAGUGUACCAGACACCAUGGGACAGUGUCGGUCAGCCAACGCUGAGGAUGCCCAAGAAUUCAGUGAUGUAGAGAGGGCCAUCGAGACUCUCAUCAAGAACUUCCAUCAGUACUCGGUGGAGGGCGGAAAGGAGACGCUGACCCCUACUGAACUCCGAGACCUGGUUACCCAGCAGCUGCCUCACCUCAUGCCGAGCAACUGUGGACUGGAAGAGAAAAUUGCAAACCUGGGCAACUGUAAUGACUCGAAACUGGAGUUUGGAAGCUUCUGGGAGCUGAUUGGAGAAGCAGCCAAGAGUGUGAAGAUGGAGAGCCCUGUUGCUCGGAGCUGAGAGCUUCUGCUUGGAACUUGUUGGGGAUUUUGGGGGUAUUGGAGGUAGGGGAUUUUAGAGGUCCUGGGCAUGGAAAUAAAACUUCUCUCUACCCCUACCCCCCACUCGCCAGCCUGCACCUCUCCUCAUUGAUGUGAGGUUCAGGCUCAGGACCACCUUCCCUAUGGGCUCUGUGCCCUCCUCUAGGGUGCUCUGAGGAGCUCCUGGGUCCAAAGUCCUCAUCCCAGGGGAGCUCAGGGGGUGGGCUGGGGCUAGAAAGGUAUGCAGGGAUCCUGGUGGGGGAAGGGUCAAGCCCUUGGUAGUAGGGGAAGGGCAGAAUGAACUAUGGGAAGUGAUCUGAAGAGUGGGCGGGGAAGCUGGCCGGGCGACUGAGAGCCGACCCCUUCCAGUGUUGUCCAGUGAAGCUGUAGCUGUCUGCCUAGUGCCGUCCUUGCUGCUUCCAGCUCUGCCCCAUUCUCCUCCCAGUAGGAUCAGGGGCAAACAGGGGCAGAGCGGCAAAAGGGGCGAAGGAGGCCAUGGCUUCAGGACUUCGGGGUGAGAGGACUAGCUAGGUGCUUGGGCAUUUGUGGAUGAUAGUUAUUUUAUAAUAUUUGAUUAAU